AUGUCCAAUGGUGAGCUACAGGAAACCUCCAAUAAUUUAAAAUCCGUAUGGAAAAGUCUUACAGGAGGACAACUCCAUCAUGAUGAUGAUAUCCAGGUCAGCGAGACAGUUGGAGUUGUGAAGAGUGGAAAUGUCAAACGCCACUAUGAAACGAAACACAGAUAUUUUGAACAGCAGUAUCCACAGAAUACAGAGGUGAGGACAAUAAAAUUACGACAGCUAAAGUCUUCAUAUGAAUCAGCAAAUAAGUUGCUUGUGAGAGCUCUGACACAUCAAGAGAGAGCUACAGAAGCCUCUUUCCGUGUGGCCUGGGUACUAGGUAAAACCAAAAAGCCCGUUUCUGAUGCAGAGGUAGUAAAAGAGUGUUUUGUUGAGAUAGCAGAGGCUUUAAUUGAGGGAAAGGAGAGACAGGAGAUGUCAGAGAAAUUUAAGAAAAUUCCAUUAUCCAAUGAUACCUUAACUAGGAGGACUGAGAUACUUGCACAUGAUUUAGUUAAGCAGUUAGCUGAUGACAUCAAAGAUGCACCCUGCCUUUCACUUGCAGUAGAUGAGUCAACAGAUGGCACAGACCAAGCCCAGCUAUGUGUGUUUGUCAGAUACUUCAGCAAGGCAAAGGGGACAUUCUGUGAAGACUUACUGGGCCUUACACCACUCUGUCACACUAAAGGAGAGGACAUCUAUGAAGCUAUCAUGCAGAUGCUUAAUGAAAUAGGAACUGAUGUCAAAAAUGUUGUGUCCAUCACUUCUGACGGUGCUCCAGCUAUGAUAGGGAAGGAGAAGGGAGCUGUUCAGCGUCUGAAAGAGAAGCAUGUAGACCUGCUGACAUACCACUGUAUAAUACACCAGUCUGUGCUGUGUGCUAGCCUAGGAAAAGAAUAUGCAGGCGUCAUGGAAACUACUAUGAAGCUUGUGAAUUACCUCAGAGCAUCUUCUGCCCUUCAGCACCGUCUUCUGCGAGCAUUCCUGACUGACGUAAAUGCUGCAUAUAAUGACUUACUCCUUCAUAACAAUGUGAGGUGGCUGAGUAAGGGAAAGGUCCUGGAGAGGUUUUGGGCCAUCAGGAAAGAUUUGGAGAUGUUUUUGUCUCAGCAAAAGAAUGUCAAAGCCAGGCAUUUCUUGGAUUUUUUGAAGAAUGAUGACAACUUGGAGCUUGUGGCCUUUUUAGUGGACAUAACAUCUCAUCUAAAUGAACUUAAUCUGAAGCUCCAGGGCCAAGGCAACACAGUGUGUGAUCUGAUAGCAGCUGUACGCUCCUUUGAAAGGCGUCUGGAGAUCUUUAAGAGUGACAUCACAGGGCCACAUAUUCACUUUCCAACUCUUCUCCAGCAGACUAAUGGUAAUCACCAUUAUCACCAUCUUUCCUUUUUGGAGAAGCUAGCUAAAAAUUUCAGGCAGCGCUUUGAAGACUUCAAUGUAGGCAGACAAGUGCUGCUUUGCAUUACAUCUCCAUUCCUGGUAAAGAAUGUUGAGGAGUUUUCAAAAGAAACCAAGAGCAUCUUCUCAUGGGCAAACAUUGCAUCUCUGCAGACUGAACUCAUUGACUUGCAGGAAAAUGUGGCUUUGCAGGAAGUGGACUGUGACACUUUUACCUUUUGGACUAAAAUGGUCACAGCUGAAAAUUUUCCCAACCUACAGAAGGUAGCCAUCUAUGUUCUUACCAUGUUUGGUUCAACCUAUCGGUGUGAAGCUGCAUUCUCAGCAAUGAAUGUUGUAAAGAACUCAUACCGCAGCAGCUUGACUAAUGAACAUUUAUAUCAGUGUCUCCGUCUAGCAACCACACCUUUUGUGCCACGGUUUAGGCAUCUGAUGGAAGACAAACAGUGCCACUUCUCUCAUUAGGCUGCUCUGUAUUUUGCACCUUGUUACGUUUGGCAUAACGUAUUCUCGUAUUUCAUGUUUAUAAAAAAUGCUGUUUUGCACUUUUUAUGAAUUUACUUUAAAUGCAAAAUGCACUAGUUAUGAAUGUAAUUUAAAAGAAAAUCCAUUAAAAAAAUAUUUGUUCCUUUGUUAUAUGAAACAAAUGAUGUACAUAUAGUUAUCAACUUGAUGAAUGAACAUUUAGGUCAGUGUCUCUAUCAAGCAACCACACCUUUUUGCUGUGGUUUAGGCAUCUGAUGAAAGACA